AUGGGGAAGGUGACCCUCAGGGAUGCAAACAGCAGUGCAAACACCCCCUGUCCCCCCCGGGAGCCAAGUGAGCGGCCGAGGGAGUCGGUCUGGGGUGGAGGAGCGGUGGCUGCCCUUUGCCCUGUACGGCGGCCGGCGGCCCAUGUGGCAGUGGACUUUGGCAGCGGCGCCUGGGGACCGGAAGAAGGGCCCCGGCGGCCUCCGAGCAGGUGUGUGCGGCUGCCGUGGGGGGGCGGAUGGCGGUGGGAACCCCUGGCCAAAAAUGAAGGGGUCCGUCGCUUUGCCAAUAUCACUUCCCCUACCGCCUAUAAAAUGGGGUUUCACUGCCUUGUCACAGAGGUGAAGCUGAUUUCUCACCUGCUCGGGGAGGCUGCCACUAAAGCCAUUUGGGACCUCCCCUCCUGCCCCAAAACCGGAGAGGAUCUUGCUGGCAAGCUUGUGAUGGACCCCUGGGUCCCUGCCCGGCCGCCCCAGCCCUGGGAGAGGCAGGUAGCCCGGGGGGCAUGGGGAGAGGUGCACCGUGGCCCCCCACCGCAGCCCAGGCGACAGCUCCUCCGUACAGGGCCCCCACCUCGGCCCGGCUCCUGGGAUGGGGGCCACCUCCCCAGCCAUCCCUGGGAUGGGGGCCACCACCCCCGGAGAGACACCAGCAGACCGGCUUCUCGGGCUGAGUACUAUGAAAGCAGCUACCCCAACAGGCCAUACUCCAGGCAAGGAUAUGAAGACCCCCACUGGCAGUAUCCAGCAGCCAGCUACAGGGCUGACUAUGCCUACCAAAGCCACCAGUGGCAGCCGGUGGCCUGGCAGGAUGACAGAGACCUGAGACAGGGAGAGCCUUACGGCAAGAGUACCAAUUACCAGGACCAGCAUUACUACAGGGGUUACCACCCCAACCUCACCACGACCCCCCCGGGGCAAGACAGGACGCAGACCUAUGACUCCUCUGAGGAGAGACACGUCUCAGCUGCCCGGUCCGAGUGGGCAGGGGGAGAAACCUUUGAAAGCGAAUCAGGGGAGGCCAGUGGCCAGCCCCGAGAGCCCAGCCUGCUCCUGCAGUACCGUGAGUCGGGACUCAGCUCCAGCGGCUACGAACUCAGCCAGUACAUCCGUGACGGUGCCGACCACUAUGACCCCGUGCUUUCAGGGACCUGGAACCUGGCACAAGCAGGGGAGCCCAUGGUGUCCACCCCAGCCCCGGUGGUACCCCUCAAGUUCUCGCUGCCGCACAUGGCAGUGUGCUUUGGAGCCGGAGGCCAGCUGGUGCUGGUGUGUCCCCACCGCCCUGCUGAGGGGCAGCUAGCCCACGUCGAGCUACACAGCCUAGAGGUAAUCCUUCAUGACAUGAAAGAGCUGCAGGAGCUACAGGCCUUCCCGGGGCCCCUGGCCAGGGAAGAUCUGCACAAGGUGGAUGUGAUGACAUUUUGCCAACAGAAGAUAGCUACGAGCUGUGAUCUUUCAACACAGAGAGGCAGAGAUUCAUCUCUUCUCUGGAAACUCCUGGUCCUCCUCUGCCGGCAGAAUGGGUCCAUGGUGGGCUCGGACACAGCUGAGCUGCUGAUGCAAGACUGCAAGCGCCAAGAGAAGUACAAGAGGCAAAACCCUGCGGCAAACCUGAUUGGCCUGACGGAUGAUGAGUGGAUGUCGCGACAGCCGGGAACACUGGACCUCAUCACGGGAGAGGUCCCUCCUGUCGUGGAGACGCAGGCCCAGAUAGUGGAGAAGUUCACCAAGCUCCUCUACUAUGGCAGGAAGAAAGAUGCUCUUGUCUGGGCCAUGAGAAACCAGCUGUGGGGCCAUGCCCUCUUCCUUUCCAGCAAGAUGGACCCUCGGACCUAUAGCUGGGUGCUCACUGGGUUCACCAGCACACUGGCCACCAAUGACCCCCUGCAGACCCUCUUCCAGCUCAUGUCAGGAAGGAUCCCUCAGGCAGCGCUGUGCUGCGGGGAUGCCACCUGGGGAGACUGGAGGCCCCACCUGGCUGUGAUGUUGUCCAACAAGGCUGGAGACACGGACCUGAACCACCGAGCCAUCGUCACCAUGGGAGACACUUUGGCUGGCAGGGGAGCCGUCGAAGCAGCUCAUUUCUGCUACUUGAUGGCAGAUAUUCCUUUCGGUUACUUUGGGGUGAAGGCAGACCGCAUGGCUCUGCUGGGCAGCAGCCACCGUCAGGCGUUCGCCCAGUUUGCCAGGACGGAGGUCAUCCAGCGGAUGGAAAUCUUUGAGUACUGCCAGCAGCUACGACAACCCAAAUUCUUCCUGCUCCCCUUCCAGGUGUACAAGCUCCUCUACGCCUCUCGCCUGGCUGACUAUGGGCUCCCAGCCCAGGCUCUGCAAUACUGUGAGCAGAUUGCCACUGCGGUCCUUGCCCACGAUCCAGCCAGUCACCCUGUCCUGGCCCAGCAAGUGAUGAAGCUAGCCGAGCGGCUGAAGCUCUCCGACCCGCUGCUCCUGGAGAUGCCGGAACAGGACCAGACGCUGGAGCCCGACUGGCUGGUACAGCUCCGAGCCUGCUGCCGGGAGUGGGAGGUGGAAGAUGACCUCCCGCCAGAGGUGGCACCUGCUCAGCCAGGGCUCUCCUGGGCUGCUGCAUCAAGGGCAGAUGGAGAGCCUGGCCAUGAGCUUCCACAGAGCGAAGGCUACCAGUAUGACCAGCCCAUGCCACCCCAGGAACUCAGCUCCUAUGAGGAUGUGUCUCUCCAGCCGCCGACACCUGCUCCGGUCACAGCAUCGCCACUGCUCGGUGUUCGGCAAGAGCUGCAGCCGCCCGCGCUCAGCCCAGAGAUGGCCACCCCUUUGGGAGGGGUUUUUGCUGAGGCCCCUCCGCAGGUGGUGUCAACAGCAGGAGAAGCUGGGGAACCUUGGGGUGCUCCGCUGGCCCCUGGAGGGGUGCAGACGUCCCUCCCAGCAGAGCAGGAGGAGCUAAAGGCAAGGGCUCGGACCAUCUCAGAGAGCUCCACUGUCUCCUUGGGUGAUGACAGCCAACCUUCAUCAGAGAGUGCAGCUGAAGAUGCCACCGAAGAGACUGCACCAGCAGAGGCAGUGAAGGCGGGUGAGAAUAAGAGCUCUGGAUUCAGGUGGUUUGGCUGGUUUCGGUCAAAGCCCACCAAGGAAACAUCUCCCAAAGCUGCAUCUGAGACAGCCCCGGACUUCCCCACACCAGAGCUGCAGGAACGGACGUCGCCAUCCCCACUUGACGCUCCUCUCACAGCUGGGACAAACCUGUUGGCUCAGCCUCUGUCCAGAAAUCCUGGGGCAAUGCAAGGUGAAAAUACCUUUCCUAUUACUCCAGUGUCUGUUGAGAUGAAAGGCUCAUGGGAUGCAGAUGGUGGGGAGUCAACAGGAGAGCAGACCGGCUUCCAAGAAUCUCCCCUGGCGGUGGGGACAGUCCCUCUCUUCAACCCUGUCCAGGUCUCUCAGCUCGCCGCUGCUUCUCGACCCAACCAAACCAGACUGCUUUCCCAGCGCCGCUACCCCAACCUGCUGUGA